AUGACAAAAGAAGUUAUUAUAGCAACUGAUUUACAAAAGCUUGAUCCCGUAUUUGGGCAACUGUCAUUUGAUAAUCACGAACAAAUCGUAUUUUGUAAUGACAAAGAUACUGGUUUAAAAGCAAUAAUCGGUAUUCAUAAUACGGUUUUGGGACCUGCUCUUGGAGGAACUCGAAUUUGGAAAUACGAUAAUGAAUGGGAAGCUCUUAAUGAUGUUUUGAGGCUUUCUCGUGGUAUGACUUAUAAGUCUGCUAUUACAGGAUUAAAUCUUGGGGGAGGUAAAGCGGUGAUUAUUGGAGAUUCAAAAAAAGAUAAAACACCUGAGAUGAUUCGUAAAUUUGGAGAGUAUGUUAACUCUCUUAAUGGAAAAUAUAUUACAGCCGAAGAUGUAGGAAGUACGACUCAAGAUAUGGACAUCAUAAGAGAGGUAACAACCUAUGUUACGGGUAUUUCAGAAUCUAAAGGAGGCUCGGGAAAUCCUUCUCCUGUUACAGCAUAUGGCGUUUUUAUGGGAUUAAAAGCGGCAGUGAAAUAUAAAUUUGGUACAGAUAAGCUGGAAGGUAAAAGAGUAUUGGUACAAGGAAUAGGAAAUGUUGGUGAGACAUUG